CCGCGCUCUGUGCACGAGGUUUAGAAAUCUAAACUGAGUGUUUCACUGUCUGUGAACAAGGAACAUUGCCUAUACUUUUGUUUCCCUUACUAGCUACUGGUCCUGAUCAGUGAUCUUUACCGUAAUCUAAUAUGGCAACAACUGAAGAAACCCUGGCUGAGUAUGAGAAAAUGUUUGCGAACCGUUUUACGAGUGAAGAUGAGGAGUACAUGAAAACGGUUAAUAAGACACAGGCUUCCCCUCCAUGUCUGACAGACUGGCUAAACUCCGGAUACAGGGAUAGGUAAAGAGCUUUCCUUCAAUUUUAACUACGAUUUAACCUGUUUAUUCUUUUUUAGUAGCCCUCUCAACGGAAAAAGAGACAUUUUGGACUCAAAAAUAUGCAUUCGAGGGGUCCAAAAUUUCGUUGGCCUCAUUGGAAAACAUUCCAACAUGCCCUGUGUCAAAACUUUGGUUGAGAUACAAAAUGUGUUUUCUGUGUGGUAUGGUUCUCAUCUCCUAAGACGAGAACAGCAACUUGUUAUAAGUCUGUAGUUGAACUUGAGGUACAUUUUAUUCAUUACAAGCUCUAUUAAAGAUAUACAUGCAUCAUUGAGCUGGGAAUCCUUCUUUGAGAGUUUCUCAACUUUCUUUUAAAGGUUUCAAUCUAAACCCUUUAACUCCUAUGAGUGACCAAGACAUAAUUUCUCCUUACAAUAUUGAUACAAUAUCAAGCAAAUAAGUUAUAAGAAUAAAGAAAAAUAUAAACUAGGAGAUUUUAAAUUGAUCCUAUAUCAAGUUUUCAUGAGCAUUGUAUGGCAAACAGUAAGGAGGAUUACUGAUGAGAUCUGGCAGUGAAAGGGUUAAAGGCCACUUAUUCAUAUCUAUGACUGUGUAUUUGCUCUCUUACAGCCGCUUUCAAAGCUAUAGUGGUGGCAAUGACAGCAGGAACUAUGAAAGGUCCAGACAUGAUAGCGGACGUGACCAUGGCAGACGACAUGGCGAGCAUGGAGACCGUCAUGGAGGUGACAGACAUGAUUCAUAUCAUCACCGAGAUGGAGACAGGUAAGAUCAUACUAUGAAAAACUUGGAACUUCAUUUGUAGUAGGUACACAUGGUUUGAAGAUUGUUUAUUUCUCUUAAAAUAAUGUGGAGUGUUGCAGGAGUAUAGAAGGGAAAAUACUAGUAUUUUCUCCAAGGAAAAUUUUUGCAUCACAUCGGGUGAACCACAUUGGUAUAUGGAAGCAAUAAAAAGUCAGCCUUACGAUGGAGAGAUGCGAUUGCCUAAGGGUUAUUGCACUGGACUCUGGAUCCAAGGGUCCUGGUAUAAGACCUGAACAGGUUAUUGUCUUGUGUUCUCUGGCAAAACACUUUGUCUUGUCAGUGCCUCUCUCCACUCAGUUGUUGUAAUGGGUACCGGCAAAUUUUCAGGGAAGCCAGGUGAAAUGCUGGGGGGUAACCUUGCGAUACACUGGCAUCCCAUUUUACUCCUAAACUCUUCAUGCUAUGGAACCUUGACUAAGCUGCGGCCACAGACUUUACAUUACAGUGCCACUAAAGUUAGGGGGAGGCAAAUAAUGAUAAAAAUAUAAUUAACUAUUCACAUUACAUCAUUUUUUCAACUAUACCCUGGAAAUUUUGGGCAAGAAGCUUGCUAUGCCAUAGAAUGUAAACUUGAAUACCAGCCUAUGAAAAAGUGCAUAAUGUUAUCAGAGAUGCCCUUAUGUGCCAAUAACUGUUGGGGUAGACAUUUUUUGCCCAUAGUGUUGACCUGAAAGAUCAUCAAAACUGAAGAAAGGGUUCUCUUUUGCUUGAAUACAGAUAUGGAGGUCGUUAUAGAGAUGACCGUGGUCACAGAGCUUACAAUGAUCGUCAGAAACCUGCAACAGAAUAUGGUUCUCGUGGAUACUAUGAGUUUUUCUAUUGAUAGAAGAUCUGAUAUCAGUCAGAACACUUCAGUUAAAGAAACAUUGACACUGUGCUUUAAGAAUGUAUAAGUUGGCUGCUGAUGUGUCCAAAGAACUUUUCUUUUAACUAAGAUCAUCAUUGAAAGAAUGAGCAAAAAGAGGAGCUAGAGAAGAUUUCAUGGAUGGGGAAAGGGUUUGAUGUAUUUUUUCCUGCUGCAUGGUUGUUCUCUCUCUUCAAGCUCAUUUGUACAUACUUGCUUUUUUUAUUUUGCUUGCUUAAACUGGAAAGUAUGAACAGCUGUAGACAGGCUAGUCAGCUAUUUUUCAUGUUAAUACAAGACUUUGCCAAACAGAGGCCAUACAGCACUUAAGGUAAAAUUCAGUCAAAUUGUUAGAGCACUUCUUAUACGACUGUCUUUGUUCAGUUUUAAUUUAGAGUAUAGAACAUUCUCAGAUAGCUGAGUGCAAGCUUUAGAUGUGUAUGCCUAGACGCAACCUUAAGUUCACUUGUGUCACAUAUCUGAGUGUUGACCAGGAAACUAUCAACUGGGAUCAUCAUCCAAUUAUGGGAGAUGUCACAUUUAUUAACUUGUGUGGUAGACAAUCAGAUACUUUACUGUGCAAAUAAAAAAUCAUGGAAAUCCAGGUUAUUUAUAAGUCAAUCAAUUUGAGGCCUCAACAGCCCCCCUCCAUGGGUAGCCCCUGGCCAUUUGAACUGUUGAAGAUUAGUUUGUUUAGAUU